AUGCCGCAUGAAGAAGAUUCCCCUAUAGUUGAUAGGUCAUUUAAUCCAUCAUACAAAGAUUAUUUUAGAUUUGAUUGUGAACAUUUACUUCAGUAUUGUGGAAAAGUGAAUGAGAGCCAAACAGAAGAUCAAAAUGAAUCUAUAUUAGAAGCAAGGUUAAAAGAGAUAGAAGCAAGAUGGGCAAAAGUAGAUACUUCUUAUCAAAAAGUAAUGUUAUCUCAAGAUGACACAAUUGAUAUAGAAUUUAAAAACCAAGCAAGAGAUGCAUUUGAUUCUUGUACAGAAGCAUAUGUCCAAACCACAUCACAAGUUGUUGAGUUCCUUAAAAGCAUGCGCUUAGAUACAGUACAAAUGCCAAUGUUCCAAUCAACAUCUCGACCUUCAAUACCAUAUCAAAAUCAAAUGAACGAUAGUUCAAGUAUCUGUAUUAAACUCCCACCAUGCGACACAGAAAUAUUUAAAGGUAGUUAUGAACAAUGGCCCUCGUUUAGAGACAUGUUCACUGCAGUUUAUAUUAAUCAUUCAAAACUUACUCCUGUAACCAAAUUAUAUCAUCUCAGAAACAAAACAAGAGGUGAAGCAGGAGCUAUAGUAAAACGAUAUGCAUUGUCCAAUGAUAAUUUUGAGUUAGCUUGGAAUGCGUUAAAAACUAGAUACGAAAACAAACGAGUUUUGGUCGAUAACCAAAUCAAAAUAUUGUUUGAUAUACCAGCCGCAAUUAAUGAAGAUAGUGAGUCCAUAAGAAAAAUACAGUCGUCAGUAAACGAUUCAUUAGCAACACUUAGUACGCUAGGAGUAGAAGUAAAUAGUUGGGAUCCCAUUUUAAUUCGUUUAGUAUCAACAAAAUUACCGGAAUGUACUCUAGCAUUAUGGGAACAAUCUUUAACUUCUCCUCGUGAAUUACCAAAAUGGUCGCAAAUGUCACAAUUUUUAGUAGACAGAUAUGAAGCGGUAGAGCGACUAACAGGCAUUAAAACAACAAAAGACAGUUUUACUCUUUCCAAUAAAAAAUCUCAUAUACAAACAUAUACAUCGCAAGAAAACAUAUAUACGAAUUGUAAACUCUGUAAUAAUGAACAUUAUUUAAGGAAUUGUCCAAAAUUCAAAACGUUUUCAACGCAACAAAGAAUAGAUUUUGUCUUCAAAAAUAAAAUAUGUAACAAUUGUUUAAGUCCUUCACAUAUUAAGACGAAAUGUAGAAGUAAAAGAACAUGUUUUUACUGUAAGAAAGAUCACCAUUCAUUAUUGCAUAUUGCACACAAACCAUCAAUUACACCACAAAAUUCUGAAAAUAUUCAAAACAAUGGUAAUAGUAACCAUACUAAAAAUAAUAUUCAAAAUACAAAUACACAAGCUGAACAGACGAGUAAUUCUUACAAAGAUGAACCUGCAACUACUUCACAACGCGUUCAGGCAAACUGCUCGUCUAGCAACGAAAAUAUUUUAUUGCGUACAGCUUUGAUGCAAAUAGAGCAUCAAGGAGAAAUCUUUACGAUAAGAGCUUUGAUAGACCCAGGCUCCCAAAGAACAUUUAUUACAGAAAAAAUAAGAAGUAAAUUAAAGUUGCCUUAUAGAAAUUCUCAUUUUGAAAUUAGUGGAAUAGGAGGUCAAAAACAAUCCGCAAAAAAAGAGUGUGAAUUUAUUUUAUAUGCAAAGAAAUAUAACCUACGAGUUCCAAUUAAGGCAAUCGUCUUGUCGAGUGUUACUAAUACACUACCAGCAGUUACGUUUAAAGUCCCAUAUUCUGCAGAACUUAAGAAAUUGGACUUAGCUGACCCAAAUUUUAAUAAAUCUUCCCAAAUCGAUCUUAUUCUUGGUAAUGAUUAUGAACAUUGUCUGAAUCUAGAAGGCAUAAAGAAAAAUAUAUGUGGCCAAACAUCAGCCUAUAAAACUAUAUUUGGAUGGGUGCUUAGCGGACCAAUAAGAGCUGAAACUGUUCAAUCAUUCUCAACUGCGGUUACUUCAUCAGAAUCUUCAGAACUCAGUACACUAUUGAGAAAAUUUUGGGAGCAAGAAGAAAUACCCAAAACUCGCCUUACGUCAGAAGAAGAUGAUUUUGUUGAACAAUUUUACACUCAAACAACUACUCGAAACAAAGAUGGACGAUAUAUUGUAAGGUUACCUUUUAAAAAAGAGUAUCACGAAUCAGUAUAUUUAGGAUCAUCUAGAUUUAUCGCAUUAGCUCAAUAUGCCAGUAUGGAAAAAACUUUAGGAAAAAAUAAUGAAUUGCAAGCUGAAUAUAAAUCUGUUUUAGACGAGUAUUUAACUCUAGACCACAUGGAAGAAACAACAUCAACUGAAAUUAAUUAUGAAGGUAAAUUUAGCUCUUAUUAUUUGCCCCAUCAUGCGGUCGUGCGACCUGACCAUAAAACAACAAAGGUGAGAAUUGUGUUCAAUGCCUCUAGGAAAACAAAAUCCAACUUUUCUCUAAACGAUGUUCUGUAUACAGGUCCUACAAUUCAAAACGACUUAAUAACAGUAAUUCUGAAUUGGAGAAGAUAUAAAUACGUGUUCAGUGGGGACAUACAGAAAAUGUAUCGUCAAAUCCUAAUUCAUCCAAAUGAUAGAGCAUUCCAAAGAAUAUUAUAUCAACCUGAAAAAAAUGGCCCUAUUAAAGAUUAUGAAUUGAAAACUGUUACGUUUGGAGUGAAUAGCGCGCCUUUUCUAGCAAUUCGUACGUUACAUCAACUAGCGUCAGAUUCAAAAGCGGAAUCUCCCAAAGCAUCAUCCAUUUUAAAGUAUGAGACUUAUGUAGAUGACAUAUUAACUGGAGGGUUUUCAAUUGAAGAAACUCGAGAGGCACAAAAUGAAUUAAUUAAAACUCUGAAGUCUGCUGGAUUUUUACUCAAGAAAAUAACAGCAAAUGAUACACAGUUAUUGGAAGAUUUACCAAAAGACGAUAUAUAUGAUUCCGAUUUUUUACGGUUUCAUGAAACUAGCUCCACAAAAACUUUAGGCAUAAAGUGGAACGCAAUAUCAGAUACAUUUACAUAUACUUUUUCAGCACUAAGUCCAUCUACGAAAAUAACAAAACGCCAAGUUCUGUCAUCAGUCGCAAAACUGUUUGAUCCAGCUGGAUGGCUAGCCCCUAUAGUCAUCAGAGCAAAAAUAUGUAUGCAGCAGUUAUGGUUAGAAGGUAAAGACUGGGAUGAAGAAGUUUCUGAGGAAUCUCUACAAAAUUGGAACAAUUUAGUACAAGACUUAUCUGAAGUUGAACUAAUAUCAAUUCCCCGUUGGAUUCAACUUAUGCCUAAUGAUACAAUACAAAUUCACGGUUUCUGUGAUGCAUCGAAAUCCGCUUAUUGUGCCACUGUAUACAUUAGGUGUCAAACAAAAACUCAAAUGUAUUCUCAAAUUUACUAG